GUCGUGGACGUUAACAGUUUACGGCAUGCCGUGUUCCGGUGUGUCUAGUGAGACGCACGUGAGAACAACAGAGAGCAUGCUGUACCUGGUGGGCCUGGGUCUGGGGGACGCGGAGGACAUCACGGUGAAGGGUCUGCAGGCGGUGCGGAGCUGCUCCAGGGUCUACCUGGAGGCCUACACCUCCAUUCUCACGGUGGGGAAGGAGGCGCUGGAGGAAUAUUAUGGGAAGGAGCUUAUCCUGGCCGACAGAGACCUGGUUGAACAGGGAGCUGAAGAGAUCCUGAAGGAUGCUGAUGUAACCGAUGUGGCAUUCCUGGUGGUGGGCGACCCUUUCGGGGCCACCACCCACAGCGACCUGGUGCUGAGAGCAGUGCAUUCUGGGAUACCGUACAGGGUCAUCCACAACGCCUCCAUCAUGAACGCAGUGGGCUGCUGUGGGUUGCAGCUGUAUAACUUCGGGGAGACGGUGUCGUUGGUAUUCUGGACGGAGUCGUGGAGACCAGAGAGCUUCUACGACAAAAUCUGUAAAAACAGAACAGCUGGACUACACACACUCUGUCUGCUGGAUAUUAAAGUCAAAGAGCAGAGCAUCGAGAACAUGAUGAGAGGGAAGAAGAUCUACGAACCUCCACGCUUCAUGACGGUUAAUCAGGCGGCAGAUCAGCUGAUCCAGAUAAUCAAGAGGAGGAGGGAGGAGGGGGAGGAGCUGGGUAUGACUGAGGACGCCGUGUGUGUGGCCGUGGCCCGGCUUGGCGCCGCCGACCAGGCGAUCCGCACGGCGACGCUAAGUCAGCUGGCGUCAUGUGACCUCGGCGGGCCGCUCCAUUCGCUGGUCGUCACCGGCCGGCUCCACCCGCUGGAGGUGGAGAUGCUGCGAAUGAACGCGGAACCAAGCGCACUGCAACACCUCCACCUGAUGGACCAAUAAUGUGUGUGCACUCGUGUGAUGUCAUCGAUAAUUUGUGUUAUGUCAAUAAAGAUGGAGAGCUUCAA